AUGAUACUACUGUACUCUUAUGCGCCUUUGAUUUUGCGCGAAACUGCCGGCAAGCUGGGCCCGACUCUCGACCCUCCUGCACAAGAAAAUUGUGCUGCUGCUGCUACUACUCUUCUGACCCGCUACCGCUGCCCCCGUUGGGAUCACUUCCAAUCACCGUUCCUGAUCCCCUUUCCCUUGCUACUGAACGUGUCUCAAGACAGAAUUCGCCGUUAUGGCUUCAAAGAUGGCUCACUUCUGGAUGAUUUACAGUUCUUAAGAGAAUAUAAGCUGGUGGUGGUUGGAGGAGGUGGUGUUGGAAAGUCUUGCUUGACGAUUCAAUUGAUUCAGAGCCACUUCGUGGAUGAAUAUGACCCGACAAUUGAAGAUUCGUAUCGCAAGCAGUGUGUCAUCGACGAUGAGGUGGCUUUGUUGGACGUCCUAGAUACCGCCGGUCAGGAAGAGUAUUCAGCGAUGCGCGAACAAUACAUGCGGACUGGAGAGGGAUUUCUUCUCGUUUACUCGAUAACAUCACGUCAAUCCUUCGAAGAAAUCAUGACCUUUCAGCAACAAAUUCUACGGGUGAAGGACAAGGACUACUUCCCCAUCAUCGUUGUAGGGAACAAGUGUGAUCUAGACAAGGAAAGGGCUGUUUCGGAACAAGAGGGUGAAGCUUUGGCCCGCCAAUUCGGCUGCAAAUUUAUCGAAACGUCAGCUAAGUCUCGUAUCAACGUUGAGAACGCAUUCUACGACCUUGUCCGCGAAAUCCGCCGAUACAACAAGGAGAUGUCGUCGUACCCAUCAGGCUCAGGCGCAUAUGGAUCACGCGCCCCAGAGGGCAAGAUGGAUGUGAGCGAGCCCGGCAGCAAUGCUGGUUGCUGUGGGAAGUGUAUUGUGAUGUAA